CGCAAUAGUUUUGAGUGUGUUACGUAACAUACAAAAAAAUCUCCUCUUAAAGUUAACUACAAUUAAUGGAAACGUCAUCCAAUAAGAAGCGCGUAUUUGAGAGUUAAUCACUAUUUAACUACAAAAUAGUGAUUAAAAAAGUGAUUAAGAGUUUUAUACAACCGGCCCCUGGAAUGAAACUGACAUCCUAACUGCUUGGUGAUGGCAUACAGUAUGAGGGAACUGAAACUGAUGUAUAAGAUGAUCAUGUAUACAAGACAAUCUUGUAUACAACAUUUCUAUGGAAGCAGGUUCCUUUUAAUGUUAUUUUACUUGUAAACACUCACUGCUGUGUCUUUGAUGAUGUUGUAGACAACAAAAGCUCAGACAUUUUAGGAUUUUAUAUGCCUUACUCUGAAAUUUUUAACUAGAGUACUUUUUAAUGAAGAUAUGCACAGUAGGUGUCGGCCUCAUUUGAACACAAACACAACACAUUGAUAUUAAUUAAUAAAGUAAAAAUUAUAUUCAUUUGGCUCAUAAACGUUUUACUUUAAUUAUCAAUAUGUGUGGUUUAUUAAAAAUUCUUUGCUCUAGCUCUUUUAUUCAGUUUUUAACUUUCACAUUCAAAUCAAUUUUAAAUCCACAAUAGGCUGAGGAGUGAAAUAACUGGAUUAUCAUUACAGUCAUAGUUCUGUUCAAUCAUGUUGAUGCAUUUAGGGUGAUCGCUCCUUCAUGAAGAAAAUGAGGUGUAGAUAUUGUUAUCAGACAGAAACAACAGAACAUGAAUGUAAUAUUAGGAAAGAUUGUAAGGUAUUUAUAAAUUAUAAUUAUGCUGUAAUUUCUAUGACUAUAUAUUGGAUAUAGAUUCAUGUCUCCCUGUUCUUGAGUUAGGGUCAGCGCUUAGUGUUUACUGUUAGAGUCAUGCAGGGUAAGGAUAAGGCUCGGCAUUCAUAAAUAGCGAGACAUGAAUUUAUAACCAUGACUACACAAAAAGUCACUGCUUGACUGCUGGCCAGUAGUCCUAGCUGUGUUGGAGAUUUUUCACAUUUCAGAGUAAAUUUGAGCCAUGAGCAUGUCCACGCCAAGUCAAUUAUGCAUCUAGUAACAAAUUUGUUUGGUAUGUCAUUGUGCCAACAUGAAAAAGGUUGUCAAAAUGGAAAAUAUUUAGUCCAAAAAGUUGCUCGCUAACAAUGGACCAUUUGCAUUGUAGACUAAAUUUUGAUCUAAACAAGUCUACACAAAAAUUUCAUCACAGCUUGAAAGAGCAUCACAAAAUUAGUAAUAUUCCAAAGUUUCGUUGCGAAAUGUUGUAAAAUGCGGAUAAUACAGCCUUGCGAAUUUUGCAAUUUUCAGUCAUUUUGUAUUACAAACGGGAAAUUGAUGCCCCAACACCCGAUUGGGCUGUCAAUUUCCCAUUUGUAAUCUAAAAUGACUAAAAAUCGGCAAACUUCGCAAGGCUAUAUUAUCCGCAUUUUACAACAUUUCGAAACGAAACUUUGGAAUAUUACUAAUUUUGUGAUGCUCUUUCAAGCUGUGAUGAAAUUUUUGUCUAGAUCAAAAUUUAGUCUAUAAUGCAAAUGGUCCAUUUUGGGAAAAGAAAUAUUAAUUAGUGUAAAAAGAAUCAGGACAAAACUUGGUCAAAAUAUCAUGCCCCCCCCUUUAAUAUAAAGGUUCAGAUUUGACUUCAACUUAGGCAUGGAAAUAAGCAUCCGGUCACAGUCAUUGACCGGUAUAAAUACGUGAUUUCUAGCGUUUUCACAGGCAAAACUUUCAUUGUAUCUGUCACUUUGUCCAGUUUGCAUUAUUCAGCCUUUCAACCCUAAAAAAUUUCCUUUUCUUAAUCACUCAAAAAUGUCCGUCUUUUUCCCAAAAUUUCCCAAAAAUAUUAAUUCGACAAAAUUAAAAUGCAAGGUUAGCAAAAGCUGCUCUGCAAAAGCUGCAAAUUUAUAAAUACCAUUGAACAUAUAUGUGUAACCACUGCAUAUUUGUAUCCUAUAUUUUUUGUGACAGGCACAAUGCAUCAAUUGGUGCUGGUUAUUUUGACAGGCAGGCCCCCAAAAAUUAUUUCCAAGCUUGCUUCCACUACUGCUACCAUUGAGGGAACAUCAACCAAUCAGAUGCGUUUGAUAUAUUUGAUUAACCAAUCAGAUGCGUACUAAGCCAGUUAGAGGUAGUGGUGGCGCCGUGGCGGACCGGCGGUAAUGGAACUCAAAUCUGAACCCCUAUAAUGACUUUGUGACGUAUCUGGCUCAACUGUGGGGCUCCAAAAUCGUUUGAUAAUAAUAACUUGUUUUAAGAGAGAAAACUCUCCCCGAUUAUUUAUCAACUUCGAAAUUACUAAAGCGCUGCCACCAGCAAACAGAUAGCAAAAUGGUCAUGCAUCACUGUUUGAUUGAACAGAAAAAAUACUUCAUACAUUUACUUAUUGUUGUGAUUUGUGUCAAACAUUGCAAUGCAGGCGCAAAAACUCUGUUGAAUGCAAUUCAUCUGAAAAACUUGCAGGGAAACAAACAGUUCAUCCUCAGAUCAAUCAAAACAAAGAAUGGAUGACCUUUACUUUAUAAUGAACUUGAGACGUUUUAGACAAAAGUAAAAAUAACAGCCGACACUUUGAAAAAUUAUAUAAUAAAACAAAUUUCGAAAAGAUGCACCAUCAAAGUCCAAGAUAUAUGGUCUGGAUUAAAAUCAAGACAAAAUAAAAUAAAAUAGCGAGGGGGAGUUACACCAAAAAUCCUCGUACACUUUCCAAAAAAUCCCUAAAAAUCUUUCGAAAAAUCCCGAAAUCUCCUGCUAAAAACUUUGAGAUACCUAAAAUCCCAAAUACAAAAAGUCCUACAGUAUAUUGUAUUGAAAUCACUAAAAAUCCCGCAAAAAUCAGAGUAGCUAAAAAUGUCGACAUCUCUUGCAAAAACGGCGAAAUCCCUUUCAAGGUCCCCAAAUCUCCUUAAAAUCUUUAAAAUACGCAGAAAAUCUGCUCAAAAAUCGCCGGGUAUUUUUGCAGGAAUUUUGAAAUCCAAAAAAAUGCUCGUACGUAUUCUUUUUCGGAGUACUGUAAUACACUUCUUGUGAAAUAUGACCACAUAAAAUUUUGUCUUGAUUUUAAUCAAUAUCUGCAUCUUUUAGGAAGCAAGCAACUCACAGUGUUAAUGCGCUUUAUUUUAAAACAAGCUUUAAAUAAAACCGAUGAAGUUAUAUGGCGGUUUGUUUUCAAUCAAUCAAACAGCUCUGACUAUAUAAGGACCAGUGUUUUCCAUUUGCUGCAGUUGGCAUUUUUGUUAAUUAUUUUGGUAUAAUAAUAUGCAAUUUUUGAAAGGAAUGUUUAAAAUAUUCUAGGCAUUAGAAAUUCCAAGUAAACGAAGAUAUAAUACAACUUGUACUGUGAAGGAGACAACGUUGUGUCUUGGUAAGUUUUGUAGAUAUGGUAGAUAUACACGCAGAUCUUAGUGUAGCCAUCAAUAUUUCACAGAGUGCGGGUCGUUCAAAUAUAUUGUAUGUGUAGAAUUUUCAUGUGUUUCAGGAAACUAAACUUAUAAGCUAUCUCAUGCAGUACAUACAAUACCAACAACAUAGUUGUGUUUUUUUUUUAUUUUAUUUUAAAGGCAACCGAACAUUUGGUAAAAUUCUAAUAUGUAACUGGACUUCCGGUUAUCGAUGGUCAACAGCAGCAUUGCUAAGGUACACGAAUUAUGUCAGCAUGCAUUUUGGAUGCGUAUUAGACUACACAUUAUCAAGUAGUUCUCCUCCGAAUGAAAAAAUUGAAUAUCGAAUAAUAUUUUAUUCUGUAGUGUGUAAACAUGCUGAUAACAUUUGAAAUGAAAUGGCUGAUACUUACAGUACAGUACAUAUACGGCCUGUUUACGAUCAUUGAUAUGAAUACAGUAUAUGAUUUUCUUACAUAAAUGCACAACAAUUAUUAACAUGAUACGUGACAUAAUUUGCUGAUGGAGGUAUAUGCAGUCUCCGAGUGCCCUCUACUCACGCAAAAAUCUCACACCUUGCAGCAAGUCUGCCAACAAGCCGUCAACAAGUUGUGUUCGCACUGCUUGUCCCAAGUUGUCGACAAGUAUGGAACAAGCUGUUAACAACUUGUAACAAGCUUGAUGACAUUAUCAGGCUUGUUGCAAGGUUGUUCCAACAAGUCCGAUACAGGCAUGAAAUAACAAUAUUGUUACAACAUUGUGUCGUCAACCUUGUAACAUUCUUGUUAUAUCAUGACUGUAUUAUAGGCUUGUUAGAACAACUGGUUGGCACUGACUGGUUUACUGAGUCGAACAGGGAUUUCUUCUAAUAUUUAAUGAUAUAAUAUAUUCCAUACAAAAUGAAAGUUACCUAAUAUAAGUAUAAAGGCUAAAACACAUGCAUUCCAAUCAUAUUUUCGCGACAUAACAUGGUAAAAUUGACUAAUAACACAAUACUACAAAUAUAACAUAUAAAACAAUUAAACAUUUGUACCUGAAGGGUAGAUCCCUGUAGGACUUGACUCAAACUACAACUUUACGUUAAUCUCUCUAACUAUCCGUCCUUUAAACCGUCUCUUUAGUCUCGCGUGUCUCUCUUACAAAAUACUGAUACAACUAGCGCCUAUAAUGGCAUCACUUAAAUGUCUAUAUAAACCAUAACAGAACUUAUUAUUAACUAUAUCAAAUGUCAAAUGUUGCUCGCUAUUUACACCAACAACCUUGUAACAAAUCUUCAUGAUAAUGCCUUCUAGUUUGUUACAAGUUGUUAACAGUUUGUUUCAAAUUUGUUAUAACAACUAGGAACAAGCAGUGCGAACACAACUUGUCGACAGCUUGUGAACAGAUUUUUGACAACUUGCAGACCUGUAAUAACUUGUGCGUUUUAACGUGUUUAAAAGAUUUGUUCGCACUGCCUGUUUCCCAGUUGUUGAAAAGCCUGGAACAAGUUGUUAUCAUCUUGUAACUAGGUUUAUGAGGGCCAACAGUUGUUUCAACAAGUCUGCAUGUAACAAGUUGUUAACAACGUCAUGACAACAAGCUCGUAGCAACUUGUUACGAGCAGCCUGUAUCAGUCUUGUUGGAACAACUCGUACGUAGCAAGUCUGUUACCGUCAUCAACUGAUAAAAACUUGUUCCAGACUUGUCACAACAACUGGGAACAAGCGGUACGAACACAUCCUGAUAUCGGCUUGACAACAACCUUGUUACAACUUGUUUGUUGAUCUGUAAUAACUUGUGCGUUUUUACGUGUGUAGUUUUUGUUGUUUUUGUUGUUUUUGUUUAUUGUUGUUGUAAAUCGAUCUUUUUUCCUUUUAGUUUAACUCUAGGUGGCUUUGGUGUUGAUAGAUUUUACUUGGGAUACUGGAAAGAAGGACUGGCAAAGUUGUUUAGUUUUGGUGGCCUUGGUGUGUGGACCCUUGUUGACUUUAUUUUAAUCCUUGCUCAGUAUGUUGGACCUUCUGACGGUUCUCUAUAUAUAUUUUGACUAAAAUGUAUACUCGUAUGUCAAAUUUCUGUGCUGUGCCUACCCAGACAGAUUGAAUUAGCAAUUAAUGAACAGUGUUCCCAAAACUGAAGAGAUGGUUUGAGAGUUAGUUCUCCUCUAAGUCUGUGAUUAUGUCCGUUGGACAAAAGAAUCGCAACGUCAGCCAGGUCUGCAAACGAGAUCGUGCAGUACUCUGACAAUGUACUUUCGCACGAGGCAUCCGAAUUCGAUUAAGAAAAUGCUGAUUGAAAGCUAUGUUAUACGUUUACGAAGCCUGCAAAAUACAUCCAUUGGGAUGUUUCAAAGUGAAUAAAAAGUGGAUAUGGAGUUCGAUUUCGCUUGCCUUAGCAACGAGAAUCCACCUGGUUAAUAAAAUGUACUAUAGAGAGUGUAAUAUACUGUAAAUCAAGGGUGAACAUGUCGGUAUGAAGCCAUGAAAUUAUAUUUUUAAAAUUGUCUUACCAUUCCUGUUUUUUAAACACAUGGC